AUGGGGUUUGCCGACUCGCCGCAAAGCACCUCGCGGUCGUCUACGCCGUCUGCGGGCGGCAAGCGCGCUGGUCACGGCUACAGGCGGGAAAUGGUUCGUGUGCGCCAGGGCCACUACAGACGUCUGGCGUUUGGGAACCGGAUAGCUUGGCAUGAUAUCUUCUUCUCCUGCUCCGUCUUCCGGCGGCCGCCUCCCUACACCGUCAUCGACCCGUGGAAGUUCCCCUCCGAGCGGGCGUGGACGAGCCGAAAAGCCAAAAAACCGGCUCCCAGGAGGAGCGAAGCGUCGGCGGCGAGGUCGCGAGGGCCGCCUUGCCCCCCAGGCCCUCCCGUCUUCGUUAGGCCUCCAGAAGUCACGCCGCUCGCGCCUCUCCGGCCGCACACGACGUGCCCUGCGCCGCCUCCGCGGACGGAGCCGAGCUCGCCUCCGCUGCCGCCGCCGAUCCCCGAGCCGCCAGCGCCCGCACCGGCGGCGAAGAAGGCGGCUAAGGGAAAGAAAAAGAGGUUCAGUUUCCGCACCGGAGUCGAGUCGCGGUCGCGGGUCAGCGAGGCCUCGACGCCGCCCACGAUCGUCGAAGAGCCUCCUCUGCGGCCGCCGCCCGAGCCUGCACUGGCGACCUCGGAGGAGACGACGGCCGCGUCGACGAUUCCGCGGGAACCGCCCAAACUGCCGCCCCCCGCCGAAACACGCGGGCCCCCCACGCUGCGACAAACCUUGUCCAGGAAGAAAUCUGACAAAGCUGGAGAACCCGCUCAAAAAAUCGUCGUCUCCAUCGGCUCACUCAGGGGAAGAUACAAAGGCGAAUUGAAGGGGCAAGCGCAGGCCUUCCUUCUCUGCGGCACGACCCAGGAUAACCUCGAGCAGCUCCUCAGUCACGUUCGCAACAAGUCUCCCCUAUUUCCCCUGACGCUUUCGUCGUCCGGCGAGUUCUGCGUCGAUUUCGGAUAUGAGUUCGUCCUCCCGCUUGGGCCGCCCACGCCCUUUGGCAUGCGCAUUAGCGUCGUCUGCACCCGCGAAACGACGCUUGUGGACAUGGACGGAAAGAGGCGGUUCAGUUGGCGUCUCAAUGACAUCGGCAGCAUCGUCUCCCCUAUGCGAGACAUGACGACAUCCCAGACUGUCGACUGGGAUACGUAUCCGCUGCGCUUCAAUGCGCGGUCAGGAUUCGAGGCGGAGAACCUUGUAAUCGAGGCGAAAUUCGUGCUUUGCCCCGACUCCCAGGGGCCGCCGAUUCCACCAGAUGAAAUUCAACCCUUCCAGCCUCCUGCUCCGCCCAAGGCAAAGAUUCAGAAACAAGCCAAGCAUGCCGCUGCGGUUCCGCCCUUUAUUCCUCCUCUGCCUUUGACUGAGGACUGGUCGGCUUUUAACGUCACCGACAAGAGGUGUCCGCCGUGCCAGCCUCCAAAGUAUUGCGGAAACCAGGACGUGUCAGCCUGUCUGCCUGUGGAUGCGCUAAGCGUCUCGUCAGAGAGGUCGUCAGCUUCUCUGGUGGAGCGAAUCGACGCAGCGCUGAAGAAAAACUCUUCCUGGGAAGAAAAACUCGCCCAAAAAUUCUGUGCUGCGGACUUGGAAACCUGGCACGACAGGGGGUCGAGAAAGACCCUGAAACGUCACAACAAGGGUAUCGGAGAGGAGGUUCCAACAGGCGUGACAAAACCUGGCGAGAGCCUCGCGUGUGCGGGUUCACGCGCGGUGAGGCGACCGCGUCCUGGUGCGGAAGAUAGUGCGUGGACUUCGAGAUGGAGUACAGCCCGCGCAGCAGCUAGAGUCGAGUCAGGCGCGUCAGCCCUCCGAGGGUCGGUACACGGCGGGGCCGCCUCUCCGGCAGAAGCCCCCUUCACUCCGCAUUCUUGGGAGGAGACGUUUCGGUUGACUUCGUCGCCAUCUGAGUAUUCCGAGAAGAGAGAGGAUAGCUGCGCAUCCGAUAUAUCGGGCAAAACCUCGUUCAGGUCAGAGGCGGUCUCGCAGCGCGCUUCGCAUGCAUGCCAAACCGGCUCCUGCGCAGGCGCGUGGCAGAGGCGUCACGAGCGGCGGCAGCUGCAGUCGGCUGCGAGGGAUUCCGAAGCGAAACAUGGAACGACUGGCUUCCACCGCGCACGAAUUCCAGCGGACGAGGCACACAGAGAGCUCGUUGCCACGGAGAUAGGCAAGGCGUGUUCGGCGGCCGAUUGGGGCCUGCGUGCGGAUUUCCUGCGGUGGCCUGGAGCGCUCACGAUUUCGCCGCCGUGUACGAGCCGCUCAGGGAGCGCCGCCCAGGACAGCAAAGUUUGUGGCCUCCUACAGAGCAGCUUCCGCAGCGACAAAGGCAUCGCCGGCCGGGUGCCUUCAGUAAGGGGAAUGCGGAGAUUUCCACCCCCGAAGAAGAACCCGUCUCGAUCCUCGUGGAGCAGCCGAACUUCAGAAAGCGAGGCGGUGUCAACUGCGCGGAGCGGCGGCCGCAGCAUGCGUGAUGGCCCUGCGGCGUGCCCGCGGAUAUCCUCUCAAGCUAUCAAGCCCUUUUAA